AGCUCCAGCCGAGAGAAAGGAGGCGGAGGCGCGGAGUGAGGGCGGGUCCGCGCGUCCUCGGAGCCCGCGGGAGCCGGAGCCGCUGCUCCUAGACUUCUCCCGCGCAGGGCUUUCAAAGAACGAGCUCCUGGGAGCCUGAGACACUCUCCAACCUGCAAACGCGAGAAGACUCUCUUGCCUAGCCUUUAGGAACAGCCUUGGGGCUGGCGGCAUGAGUCCGAUGAAGCGCUGGGGCAGCCCUCGCCUUUUCCCCUUGCAGCUCUUUAGCCUCUGCUGGGUGCUCUCAGUAGCCCAGAGCAAGACAGUCCGAUAUAGCACCUUCGAAGAGGAUGCCCCUGGCACAGUCAUCGGUACCCUCGCAGAGGACCUGCACAUGAAAGUGUCCGGAGACACAAGCUUUCGCCUAAUGAAGCAAUUCAACAGCUCUCUGCUCCGGGUGCGUGAGGGCGACGGGCAGCUGACCGUCGGGGAAGCGGGCCUGGACCGUGAGCGUCUGUGCGGCCAGGCCCCGCAGUGCGUGCUGGCCUUUGAUGUGGUCAGCUUCUCGCAGGAGCAGUUCCGACUGGUGCACGUGGAGGUGGAGGUGAGGGAUGUAAACGACCACGCGCCCCGAUUUCCCCGGGCCCAGAUCCCGGUGGAGGUCUCAGAGAACGCUCCUGUAGGUACCCGCAUCCCCCUGGAGGUCCCGGUGGAUGAGGACGUGGGUGCUAACGGGCUGCAAAGCGUGCGCCUGACUGAGCCUCACAGUCCGUUCCGCGUGGAGCUGCAGACGCGCGCGGACGGCGCCCAAUGUGCCGACCUGGUGCUGCUACAGGAGCUGGACCGUGAGAGCCAGGCCGCCUACAGCCUAGAGCUCGUGGCCCAGGACGGCGGUCGUCCGCCGCGUUCUGCCACGGCAGCCCUCAGCGUGCGAGUGCUGGAUGCCAAUGACCACAGCCCGGCCUUCCCGCAGGGUGCCGUGGCUGAAGUGGAAUUGGCCGAGGACGCACCGGUGGGAUCGCUGCUGCUGGACCUGGACGCUACCGACCCAGACGAGGGUCCCAACGGCGAGGUGGUGUUCACCUUCGGCGCCCGCACCCCGCCAGAAGCCCGCCACCUCUUUCGACUCGACCCCCGCUCUGGCCGCCUCACCUUGGCUGGCCCAGUGGACUACGAGCACCAGGACACCUACGAGCUGGACGUGCGGGCUCAAGAUCGCGGCCCGGGGCCCCGGACUGCCACCUGCAAGGUCAUCGUGCGCAUCCGAGACGUCAACGACAACGCUCCAGAUAUUUCUAUCACCCCCCUGGCCGCCCCUGGGGCUCCAGGCGCCUCGCCCUUCGCCGCUGCAGCCGCGGCCGCUGCACUCGGAGGAGCGGACGCGACCUCCUCGUCGGCGGGGUCGGGGAUGCAGGAAGCGGGUGCCACCUCCCUGGUGCCGGAGGGGGCUGCGCGCGAGAGUCUGGUGGCGCUGGUCAGCACCUCGGACAGGGACUCGGGAGCCAAUGGGCAGGUGCGCUGCGCCCUCUAUGGGCACGAGCACUUCCGGCUACAGCCGGCCUACGCGGGCAGCUAUCUGGUAGUGACCGCGGCGUCUCUAGACCGGGAGCGCAUCGCCGAGUACAACCUGACACUGGUGGCCGAGGACCGUGGCGCGCCCCCGCUGCGCACCGUGCGGCCCUACACUGUGCGCGUGGGCGACGAAAACGACAACGCGCCGCUCUUCACCAAGCCAGUCUAUGAAGUGUCGGUACGUGAAAACAACCCGCCAGGCGCCUACCUGGCCACAGUGGCCGCCCGCGACCCAGACCUGGGCCGCAAUGGCCAGGUCACCUACCGGUUGGUCGAGGCCGAAGUGGGCCGCUCGGGAGAAGCGGUGUCCACCUACGUCUCAGUAGACCCGGCUACCGGGGCCAUCUACGCGCUGCGUAGCUUUGACUAUGAGACGCUGCGCCAACUCGACGUGCGCAUCCAGGCCAGCGACGGCGGCUCCCCGCAGCUUUCUAGCAGCGCUCUGGUGCAAGUGCGAGUGCUGGACCAGAAUGAUCAUGCGCCGGUCCUGGUGCACCCGGCACCAGCCAAUGGCUCUCUCGAAGUAGCCGUCCCUGGACGCACCGCAAAGGACACUGCUGUGGCGCGCAUACAGGCCCGGGAUGUGGAUGAAGGCGCCAACGGGGAGCUGGCCUUUGAUCUGCUGCAGCAGGAGCCAGGCGAAGCUUUCUCCGUCGGCCGCCGCACUGGAGAGAUCGUGCUCACAGGAGACCUCUCACAGGAGCCUCCUGGCAGUGUGUUCAAGGCUCUGCUGGUCAUAUCCGACGGCGGCCGUCCACCUCUCACCACCACCGCCACUGUGAGCUUCGUGGUAACAUCAGGCGGCGGGUCAGCUGCACCUGCCAGCGCCGGGAGCCCGGAGCACUCCCGCCCGCCGGGCUCUCGCCUAGCGGCGUCGGGGCCGUCGCUGCAAUGGGACACGCCGCUGAUCGUCAUCAUCGUGUUGGCCGGGAGCUGCACGCUGCUGCUGGCCGCCAUCAUCGCCAUCGCCACCACCUGCAACCGCCGCAAGAAGGAGGUGCGCAAAGGGGGGGCCCUCCGGGAAGAGCGGCCCGGGGCGGCGGGCGGCGGAGCCUCGGCCCCCGGCUCCCCCGAGGAGGCCGCCCGGGGAGCUGGGCCCAGGCCCAACAUGUUCGACGUGCUCACCUUCCCUGGCAGCGGCAAAGCGCCCUUUGGCAGCCCCGCGGCCGACGCGCCCCCGCCCGCGGUCGCCGCGGCCGAAGUGCCGGGCUCGGAGGGCGGCAGCGCCACUGGGGAAAGCGCCUGUCACUUGGAGGGGCAGCAGCGGCUCCGAGGCGCGCACGCCGAGCCCUACGGUGCCUCUCCAGGCUUUGGAAAGGAGCCCGCGCCCCCUGUGGCGGUCUGGAAGGGACACUCUUUCAACACCAUCUCUGGCCGAGAAGCUGAGAAGUUCAGCGGCAAAGACAGUGGCAAAGGAGACAGUGAUUUCAACGACAGUGAUUCUGACAUCAGCGGGGAUGCCCUGAAAAAGGAUCUCAUCAACCACAUGCAGAGCGGACUGUGGGCCUGCACUGCUGAGUGUAAGAUCCUGGGCCAUUCUGACCGCUGCUGGAGCCCGUCCUGUGGGGGUCCCAAUGCACACCCCUCUCCUCACCCACCAGCCCAGAUGUCAACCUUCUGUAAGAGCACAUCCCUGCCUCGGGAUCCACUACGCAGGGACAAUUACUACCAGGCCCAGCUACCAAAAACAGUGGGGCUGCAGAGCGUCUAUGAGAAAGUGCUGCAUAGAGACUAUGACAGGACGGUCACUUUGCUCUCCCCUCCUCGUCCAGGGAGGCUCCCAGACCUGCAGGAGAUUGGAGUACCACUCUACCAGUCCCCCCCUGGUGGCAGAUAUGUGUCCCCAAAGAAGGGAGCCAAUGAAAAUGUGUAAUCCUGUGCUGCAUGUCUUCACACACAUAUACAGGUCACUCUGAGAAGUCUCUAAGUUAUUGACCAGUUUCAGUGUUGUAUAUAUAAAUAUGCAAGAUGUGCCUUAAAAUGAAGUUGUUGGAAGCUAUUUCCAAUCACAUUGGUACUGUUUGGUAUUUGCAAACAAAAAUGUAGUAAAUGUAAUUUUUAUGAAAUGUGUGCAGUAUUUAAUUUUUCUUAUGCUAUUGACUUUAAUUUCACUUGUGGCUUGCCAUUUUCUUAGUGUUUUUAACCUGUACAUUGUGUAAUGUAAUGUUUGUAUAUACUGAAAUUUUGUUAUAUUUUUAUAUAAUAAAAGAUAAGUGGACGUUAUUGCCAAAGGAAUUGUCUGUAAGACAAAAAACAAAACAUGUUGGAAUUACUAAUGGGAUUUUAUCUUUCACCAGAAACAACGUAGUAUUUGAGAAGUUUUGCCUUGCCAAGUAGAACUUGUAUAUCUUGAGUCUGUGGUAGAUUCCAAGUUAAUGUUAUUUAAUUACAUUUGGUUUUCUGUAAGCCUUGUCACUUAUAAGCACAGUAAUAAAGGAUUUGUCAUGUGUUUGAAGAA